CGGAAUUCCAGAUAAGAGAAGAUAGAGAGAAACAACGUUAACAAGAUGAGGAAUCAUUAUGACGAAGAGAACAGCCCGGACAAUAAUCCGGAGGAGGACAACAUUGUCGUCGACCAGGUGAACACAUCGCGCGGUUCGCACUCUGACAAUGAUCUACAAUCGUCGACUUCGCGUCUCAAUCAGCAUCAGCAACAGCAGUCUCAGCAGCAACAUCAGCAGACGUCAAUCCCUCCUAUAGAUCCUAACGUGAGGAGAUAUAGAACCGCCUUUACAAGGGAGCAACUAACUCGGCUAGAAAGCGAAUUUAGCAGAGAGAAUUAUGUCAGCCGACCGAGAAGAUGCGAAUUGGCUACACAGCUUAACUUGCCGGAAUCUACGAUAAAGGUGUGGUUUCAAAAUCGACGCAUGAAAGAUAAGAGGCAGCGGUUAUCCCUAUCGUGGCCCUUCUCGUGGAAUUCAGAUCCUACUCUAGCGGCAGCGUUGCUCGCGGCUGCCUCGGCUGGCACAUUUCCGCAUAUGGGUUACCCAGCUAUUCCCACGUCGAAUUUACCGGCGACGACUCACUUGGCUCCUUCAGCAUCACCGUAUCCGAACGCGGCCGCGGCCGCAGCUGCGUCUACUUAUUAUCGUUACACCGGGUAUCACCCGAGCAACUCAGUCACCGCGCUUCAUCGGCCACACGUUCGCCCUUUGAGCAGCCCUUAUCCCGCACCCUCGCACCUAUCGCUGCCCUCGCACCCGUCAAUGCCGCCGCUGCAUAUCCUGUCGAGUAUGCAGAUGCCGAACAUCGCUGCUUCCUUUCCCAUGAGCAAUCCGCCACCUCCUCCUCCUCCUCCUCCUCCUGUCACCAUGCCAUAUCGGCCACCAUUGAUCGAAGAACUUAGCCCGGUAAAUUCUUCCUCCUCCAGCGAGUACGAUUACGGAGCAAGUCCUCCUAGUCAGUUGUCGCAUCCAUCGUCGCAUCACUCGGUCCAGCAGCUGCCGCUGUCGCUGCCGCAUUCGCAUCCGGAUCAUUCGCAUCAUGCCCAUCGCCUUACCGCACCCGUCAUGCCAAUAAUAUCACGAGAUAGACUCAGCAGCGGCGAGCAGCCGAUGAGACUAAACGGUAUGAGUGUCCCGGUCAUGACGGUACUGCCAUUCGAGAACAACUCACCUCAGUCAUCGCAGCAACGACAGCAACGGCACUCAUCCCAGCCCAAGUUGUUUCAGCCAUACAAGAACGACAAGGAUCAUAACGGUACGAUGUAA